UUCUUCUAAUCAAUAUAUACAUACAAACUUUCAUCAUGUCUGAUCAAGCCCACUUAAACGGAGCAUAUUAUGGCCCUUCAAUCCCACCUCCCACUAAACGAGCCCGAUCAUACCAUCGUCACGGUGGAGGCAGUAGUUGCAACCCUUUAUCGUGUCUAUGUGGUUGCAUAUUCAAUCUAGUUUGCCAAAUUGUGAUCACUAUUAUCGUGUUCAUCGGUAUUUUAGUACUUGUACUAUGGCUUGUCUAUCGUCCAAACAUGCCCAAAUUUCAUGUCAAUGAAGCCGCUCUUACACAAUUCACUUUGUCACCAAACAACAACACGCUUUACUACAAUCUAGCCGUGAACAUGACCUUUCGAAAUCCUAAUAAACGUAUUGGUUUAUAUUACGAUAGAAUUGAAGCUAGAGCCGAGUACUAUGACCAGAGGUUUGCUACUAGGAAUUUGGAGACUUUUUAUUUGGGACAUAAACAAGAGAAGGAUUUGACUACAGUAUUUUCUGGAGAGCAAAUAAUUGUGCUUGAAAACGACGAUAGACUGAAAUAUAAUUCGGAAAGGAGUGCUGGGGUUUACAAUAUUGAUUUGAAUUUGAAGCUUAGAAUGAGAUUGAAAGUUGGAUGGGCUAAACCUAAAUAUAAACCAAAGUUUGAAUGUGACUUGAGGGUUCCUAUGAGUACUUCUAGUGGUACGGUUUCUUCGGUUGCAUUUCAAAGAACCAAGUGUGAUUUUGAUUGGUAAAACAUGAUAUAUAUUCAUGAUAUAUAUCUAUUCAUGAUUAUUGGAUCAUAUGUUAGCAUCUAUGUAUUUUUCAUUUUUUGAGAUUACUUCAUAUUCUUGUAUACCUUAGUUUAUGUAUUACUAUCAUUUCCAUUUUAAGUACAUGUACUAUGCACUAUAUAGUAUCGAUUUAUAUAUGUUUAUAAAUAAUGAUGUUUUAUUUA